AUGCCCUUAUCAGUGGCCGAUUGCUCAGUCGAGACUCUCGAAAUGCGACAAAGUUUGUUGGAGGGCUGUAUCCGUGCUGUAGUACAUCAUCCCGAUGUCGACAACUACAGUAACCGCUUCCGUCUUCUGGAGCACAUACGACAGGUGGGACCCUAAACGAGGUUAAUGGGGCCGAUUUCAGAUAAUUAAGUACGAUGAGGAGAGCUUCGAAAUGGUGGUCAAGAAGGAGGAGACAUCGGUAGGAGCUAGGUUAAUGUAAUUUAGGAGCUAUAUUAGUAUAACAUAGUUAUACGACAUGACAUUAAGACUUACAUGACAUAUAUAACACUACAAACACAAUUUAAGUAGCCGUACCAAAACUUGUUUAGAAUAAUGUGAUUGCAGAUAGAGUACUGCAUUGACGUCGAGAUUCAGACUUCUGGAGACAAAGUGAGAGAGUUCAUGUUACAGUUGGAAAGGUAAUAUCUUACUGUAACUAAGCAAUAAGGGUUACAUGAAUAAUAUAAGACGUAGCCUUUGCACUUCAGAUGCGAUGGAGGAUCGUGCGCAACUUCCAAUAAGACGAUACGAACCAAUGAGAAGUUAUCAAUGUAAGGUCUACAACUUUACUGUUCGUAUCUUAGACUACCUAUAUAAAGAACCUGGCCUACCCUCCGGCGCUGUAUGCAAUAUCAUCUUAACCUGCACUUUAAAUCGUAUUUUAGAACUCUUCGUCACGGUCAGAAGUCUAUAAUGAAGGUGGCUACAGUACCAUCAGAAGUACAGGCAAAAGAACACAGAAGUCACGUCUUCAGAAGGCUGUUCGAGAAGAAUACUGUAGUGGCUACGAUAAAGACCAAACAUAUGAAGAUCGACCAGGAGAACAGCUUCAAGUUGGCUUCUGAUGCCAUUCUCAAGUGCAAACUCAAGGUACUUUCACAUUUACUACGGUACAUUAUUAGUUUAUGUAACCGUGACAACAAAUGAUUACUGUACUUUUACAGAAAAACUAUGACUACGGUGACCGACUGGUACUGUCCGACCUGACCUGCUUGAUCUCCAUGUUGUCAAACAGCUUGACCUCAGAAGACUUAUUCGAGACUACAGUACUCGUACUGCGCUUAGUCUGCGACUUUUACAGUAUCGAGUGGAGUACCUGCGAAUUACUGUAAGUUUGAAAAAUUGAUACCGUACUUACUUGAAUGAGUACUGUAAAAUACAGUAAUUGUGCUCAAUUGUUACGAUUCAGGUUGGUAGACCGACUUCUGCAUAUCGAAUUGGACGACAAGGACAACAACAGUAGCCAGUACUGUAAUAACGCUUCUGAAGUGAUAGCAGAACGGCCUCAGAUACUUCAGAAUGUGGCAGCGAAUCUGAUUAACCGGGUUCAGAACUUCUUGGCUGAAACUUCAGAUUCCGCCUUCUUUUCGCUUCAGAUGGAUCUGAAUACGGUAUCGUCGGUGCUACAGUUCUUUAAGUAUGUAGCUACCACGUUUGCUUUUACCUUGGUAAAAGAUAAAGGUGACAAGACAAAUCUUUUUAAAAAUACCUUAUAGUAGUGUAUUACCAAAACUUUCAGACCGAUCACAAAAGCCCUGACCUACUUGGAUCAGCCCAAAGUAAGACAGUCUAUUGCUGCUCAGCUACAUACGAAGCUAAACAGCUCGCUUCACCUGAACGAUGUCAUGAAUGCGGCUCCAGACAUCACGGUACUAAUUCAGAUUAUCAACCGGUUGACUUUUAACCUCAGGAAGUUCAAGAUCGCCUACUCCAAGCUGUUCAACUUCUUCAACGUCGUGUAUACAGAUGUCAUCGACAAGCGAGUUGCCCGUACGGUAAGAUACCGUACCCAAUACAAAUUGUUUCAGAUAUUAUCUCAAGUCGACAAUCACCUGAAUCGCUCUCUGAAGACGUUAGAUUCGAGAGAUGAUCAACAACUGAAGGUAUUCACGAAGAGCACGAUGCAACUGUUCGCUACCCUCAGGCAACUUUCAAACUUUUUGAAAAACGAAAGGUAAAAUACAAUGACAUAGGUUAAUGUCACUUUCAGUGGCAACACAGUACUAGAAGACUUUGAGAAACACUUCUACACGUGCUGCAUCUUCUGGACUCACGGGUGGCGAGGUCUGUACCUCGGCUUCAUCAAGAAGGUAAAUAUUGAUCGUGUUAAUAUAAAUAAUCAAAUAUUACGCUAAACUCAAUAUACUCCUUUACUCUAGUGUGUGGAAGACUCGCGCAACCUGGAAGACGAGCUUCCUGUCAAUCCCUUCCAGAUAAACGACUAUGCCAGACACAAUGUUGACAUAGAGGAGAGCGCCGUCUUGUGCCUGGCCUUCUGUAAAGCCUUUUGUGACGAUGUCGUGAGUCUAGAGAUUCAAGAUGAUGGUAUCUCUCUACUGUGUUACCUACAGGCUAUUUCGGUAUUUCUUUUUCAAAAUUUGUAUAUUUUAUAUAAGAUUACUUUAACCUAACAUCAAACAUAUUAUAUGUUUUGCUUUAGAUUCUGGCAGACAGUGUGGUUAUAUACGGAACCAAGUUACAUCAACAAGCGUUAAGUCAACGACUGACCUACUUUGACGUGAGUACUCACCUAUGAUAAUACAAUCAGAUUUCAGCUGACAAAAGCCGCUAAUGGCAUCGAGCACGCUUGUGAUCAUCUGAUAUCAAACUUCGAACGCUUCCUCAACCUCAAGAAUUUGAUCGUACGACUGAACCCGGACGAGAAGACCCAGAUCAUCGGUAGCGUACAGAAGCUACUGAGGGUUACAGAGAAGCGGUGCAAAGACCUGUCAGGCGAUCUGAUCAAGAACAUGUGCAUUCACAAGUACGAGCCGUUACGACGACAGUGUGAACAGAUCACUUCUACUGAGAAGAAGAUAGUAAGUUCAUUUGGUUACAGUAAUUCCAAAACUACCGUAUUUUCCCCGAAAAAUCUUUAGAUGAAUAAUGUUAAAAAGAUAAAAUACAGACCUACAAUACCUCCACUAAACACAGUAUCCCUUUAAAAUGACUUCAGAUUCGCCACGGUGACCCUACAGAAAGCCUUCUGACUCUGGUGGAGCGGUUGUGUACUUGCCUUAAGGGGACACUGUUGCCGAGACUGUACUACGUGGCUGUGGAUCUGAUGUGGAAGGACGUGAUUGGCACGAUAGAAGAGUCUCUGAAGGACGGACAAACCAAUUCCUACUACGAUGUCAUAUACGUAAGUCAUCAUACAACAAGAAUAAAAUAUACUAAUCACCGUUACCACAAUAUAAAUACUAUUCAGAAAUCGUGCGAGGCUGUAGCCGAACUUCUGAGUGUGGAUUGGAAGCGAAACAGGACGGACUGCCUUAGGUCAACGUUGUUCAUGAACAAAACCUCCACAGUCGACCUCAUCCUACAGUACUGUGUCAAUCUCUGUGACAUCACCACCAACACACCCAUUAAAGGAAACGUUCCGUUCGUCACUGUGAAGCUAGGCUACAUCCAGACGACGAACCGCCACAUCCUGCUUCAAGUGGAGGUCGUGUCAGGGUCGAAUCUGCCAGUUCUGGACGGUCUCUCCAAGUCUUCGGACCCCUACCUUAGAGUAGAACUGUAUCCCCACUGUCUCUACAACGUCAAGGACUUCCCAGCUUACACCACGGCUACACGCUACAAGACCCUGAAUCCAGUUUGGAAUGAAUCUUGUCAAUUGUAGGUAUACUCAAUGUUUAUUCCAUGCUUUCAGUCUGAUCCGAGAAGACAUGUUCUUCCUGCACGGGUCCUCGUUGUGUAUAUCCAUGUUGGACCAAGAUGUAUUCAGCCACAACGACCUUGGAGGUCAGGCCUUCUACCCGUUGGCCGCCAUCCCUCGCGUUCAGCCUUCAGACCCUCUCAAACAGUACCAGGUACCAUUGGUACUGCCUUUAAAACAACAAUUCAACUCUCAGUUCGAGGUAACAAUCAUAUCUAUAUCAUUCCAAAGUCAUCAUAUAUCAUAUUACAAUGUACUCUUGUAAAAUUACAUACGGUGACUGAUCACUACGGUAUAAAAGUACUAGGUAUACUGUACCUUUCCAGAUCCUAAAACAACGUCAUCGUCGCGACAAGAUGGCCAAGGAGUUCGUGGACUACGAGAUGUACAUCAGUAGCUACCGUAUGCUUCCCACGAGUGCUGUAGACGAGAAAGAGUUCUCACUGACCAAGUGGAUUCAGAAGCGGAAAAGAAUCCGAAACAUGAUGAAAGGCUUUAUUUGA